GGUCGACCACCCAAUAAGUAUUCACAAUGAAGUUUGCCGCUGUUGUCGCCGUCCUGGCUGGUGCCGUUUCUACCGCUAGUGCUUUCACCAUCCACUUCCAAAACAAUUGCAAUUUCGCCGUGUGGCCCGCCGUUGGGAAGGCUCCCAACGGGCAGCCCGACACAUCUGUCGCAUAUGGUACCAAGUUGAACCCUGGUGCUUCCAGCUCGUUCGGCGUCGACGACCAUCAAGUCGGUAUUCGUGCUUGGGGACGCACGGGAUGCCAUGAUGACGGCACCAACUGUGCGACCGGCGGCUGUGUUGGCGGUCUUACUUGCACGGAUGCUGGUCUGAACUCGGGGGUCAUUGUCUCUGAGUUCGGCUACGGCAACUUCGGUCAAUAUGGUGGCGAGCGUACAUCCUGGGACUUGAGCCACGUCAACUUGGCCAUCAACCUGAACACCAGGCUCUCGUCAUCUGAUGGGCAGAGCGUCCUGUGCCAGCAAAACAACUGCCCUGAUGACCAGGCCUACUCCUACACGAACGAUUACGCAGCGGACCGUAACUCGCCCCUGGGCCAGACCUUCACGCACACUUUCUGCGCUUAAGAAAAUAAGUUUGGACGACAUGGGGAGGAAAUAACAGUUCUUGCCUUCUUGUAUUUAUUGGGCAUAUGUACUCAUUGAGCUAAUGUAAUCACAUCCUCAAACAACGUCGAACACCGCCCAGAUGCU